CGGAGGCCCCUCCCACGGCGCGCGCGGGCGACGGCGGCCAGGUGAGCGGCGGGCGCAGGCAGGAUGCUGGCACGCGGACUGAAGAGGAAGAGCGCCGAGCCCGACGGCCACGCGGAGGCGGCCUACAGCCUGCAGCGCCAGUCGCUCCUGGACAUGUCCCUGGUCAAGCUGCAGCUGUGCCACAUGCUGGAGCAGCCCGACCUGUGCCGCUCGGUCCUCAUCGCCAACACGGUCCGGCAGAUCCAGGAGGAGAUGGCGCAGGAUGGGGCCUGGCCCGCGCCCGCGCCCCCCACCGCCGGCCCCGCGCCCCUGCGGCAGCACCUGGUGUCCACAGAGGUCCUGUGUCGCCCGGACCCCGCGCAGGACCUGCUGCCCCGGCCCCCCCCGCGGAGCCCCGAGGACAGCCUUUGGGGGGCAGGGGGCCCCCUCGACAGCAGAGGCGGCCUGCCCACCUCGCUGGGGCAGAUCUUUGAGACGCUGGAGGGGAGGCGGCCCAGUGCCGUGGGGGAGCUCUUCUCCGAGGUCAGCGGCGCCUACUACGACCUGGACACCAUGCUGACAGGCCCCAGUGAGGGGCUCGAGGGCUUCGCCGCUGCGGCCACCGCGCCCCCCAGCACUAGCUGCAAGUUGGACCUGAGCGAGCGGGAGCACCUGGUGGGCGUCCUGGUGGAGGCGUGAGGCCCCUGCUGUGUGGGGAGUGGCCCAACUCCACCGCUGCGGACUCCACAGAGGGAAACUCUAGGACUGACUUGUUUUGAGUAAUAUUUUGUCUUAAGAUAUAUAUUUUUUAAACUUUUUAUACUUUAUCACUAGAAUUUUUCAGCUAUUUUCUUAAAAGUCUAUUUUUCUGUAUCAACAUCCUCUGCUGCUACAUUAGAGACUUUUCUG